AUGUGUCAAGACCGUCAUCUUCUCUUCGCUCCUUGUGGCCACUCCCGGCACGAGGAGAGAUGGACAUGCAAGUUGGCCAAGUCCUUCAUCGGUUUUGCCAGGUUCCUCCUCCAGAAGAAGUGCGAGCCAGUCAGUGUCAUCGCAAUUGCCAUUGACUGGUGUCCUGACUGCAAGGUGGCCUUCGAGAGGGUCGUACGGACUAUCGGAGCCCACCCUGUGACAUUCGACUGCCUCUGGGACCCGAGACUGAUGGAACGGUAUUGGUCCAUCAAGUCUGAGAACGAAAGGGUCCGGCCAGCUGAUCCGGAGGUGAUAGGCCCCAUUGCUUUCCAGUGCUACGACCAGAUCAAGUACAACAAGAUCAGGGCGGGGGCUAAGACUGUCAAGAGAGACAUGGACAGCUGGGAGUUACGCUGUCUACAGGCCGAAGUGCGGCGACUGAAGCCUGUCUGCGUGUGGAUAGAAGACUAUGAGCACGAACCCGCCGAGACUCCAGAGGAUCAACUGAACCUUUGCAGAGUCUCACUGGAUGAAACCCAGAAGAAGGCGUGGCACCACGGACUCGUCCCGUAA